AUGCAAGCCGAAACUGAUGUUAGUAAUAUGGCUACGAUCUCUAUUCCAACUUUGCCUCUUGCCAAACCAUCGUUAUUAACUGACGAUCCUGAAAUACGACGGACACGAAGAAUUAUUAUGAUCAUAUGCAGUAUUUGUAUUGUUAUUUGCGCAAUUGAUGCCAUUCAUACGUAUUUUAUAGACACUAUCGGAUAUUGUUUAAAACCGAAUGGACGUUCUGAAGUCAUUGGUCAAUAUUUUAUUGCUAUUCUUUUAUAUAGCUUUGCAUUAUUCGUUGCUUAUAGAUAUUCUGAAACAGGUUUACGAGUGAUUGUUUGGCUUGGCAUUUUUGAAUUAUUUGUCGUAGCAAUUGUAAUUAUAUAUCUUAUAAAUUCUGUUACUUCAAGUUCAGGUUCCAAUACUUUCUCUAACGAAUAUUCAACUUCUAAACCAAAAGACAAUAAUCAUUAUAUAAAUAAACCGAUCGAUUCUAUUAUUUGUAUUUUAACUUAUAUAGGUGGUUUUAUUCUUAAGUUAAUCAUUGUUAGAUUAGCCUUUAAAUUAGCUAGACUUAUUGAUGUUAAGAAAACUCUUGUCAUUAAACAAAUUCAACCUUUUGUUUAUACAAUAGUUUAA